CUCCAGGGACAAAGGAGAGAGAGAAUAGGCCGUAGAGGAAAGUGCAAACACGUAGCACACGUGCAAGGGUGGCACCACUGACUGACUACAGGGCAGCAGAGAGAGGGAGAGUGAGAGAGGAAGGGUGGGAGCACAGUCAGAGGAGAGAGAAACUAAAUGCCCAUGGUAAACCACCCCCUGAGCGCUGAAGGUGACAUGGGUGUGGACAGCAACACCCACGUUUUGAAGGGAGCCUGCUAUCUUUUUUAUAUUCUUGCAAUUGGAAUUCUCUUAUCAUCCAUUGUCGUGAAAGUCAAUGCUCAAGAUGCUCUAGAGUUGACGGGGUGUGAUUGCGUACCUAAAGCAGACGAUUCACAAGAGGUUGUUAGAUAUUGUCCGGAGAUGAACUACACAGUAGUGUUGGAAUGCCGUGCGAACGAUGCAGUUUCUGUUGAUUGGAAUAUUACAGAACUAGCAAUGCCUUCUUCAUUCAAUAGUUUUAGAGUUUGUAACUCCAUGUGCAAUGGUACAAGUGGGGGGAUUACCUACAGCCUCAUCAAAAGGAUGGAGAAUAACAAUGGUCGCUAUACCUACACCUCACAACUUCGAGUACAUACUAGUUAUCUUCGAGGUCUAGACCAAAGCAAUCUGACUGUGACCUGCAAGGCCACAACCAAAACGAAAAGGAUGCUACUUGUUAAAAUUUCAGAGGGAAACUCUCCUCAGAUCGAUAAAGCCACUUUUAUCGAAACUGGUGGAUUAAGAGUAAAUUGGUCAUCAAACAACACUGACAUAAUCGAAACUGAAGUUAUCUGGGAAAACGCUAACCUAAACAUCACAAACAGUACUACGGUUGAGUGGUACAGGAGAGAAGUAACUAUAGAUAUCAUUGAGUGUGGAGUUUCAUAUAAUGUUACGGUAGUUGAACAUAACAAAUGCCAAGACAGCUUUUCUUCAGGAAAAAUGUUUGUCAACGGACAGCCUGCUCCAUGUUCCUCUGAAACUAUUUCAGCAAUGUAUGGAUUUUCCCCCACCCCAAGAUACUCUGAAACCCCACUACUUACAAGCACUGAAGAAUGUUUGUCCACACCAACAACAAGUCCUGGACAGCCAAACAGUGCAGGUGGCUCCACAGGAACAUUUUCUUUACUGAUAACUCUACUAAUAGCUGGUGGCACAGUGUGACUGAUAACAGCAACCGAGAGUAGUAUCUGUAGUAGCUCUUAUAGUUUCCGUAUUCGGU